GAUGCAGGUUUCCAGGAUAAAAUGGAGAAUAUGUUUCAUACAGCGUACUAUGUUGUCAAGAAAGAAAAGCCAUUUACUGACUUUCCGGACCUGGUGCAGCUCAACAGUAGGACUGGCUCCAACAUGACCAGUUGUUACUUGUCAGACAAGGCAUGUUUAAGAUUCACAAUUGAUAUCUACAAUGUGGAGAGGGAGCAACUGCUUUCUGACCUAAAGAAUGCAGGCUAUAUCAGUGUGAUGAUUGACGGGGCAACUGAUACUGGGAACCUUGAGAAUGAGAUUGUCUGUGUCAAGUUCUUCAAUAAGGAGAGAGGAGUGGUUCAGUCCUUCCUUGGCAUUGAGGAUGUCAAACACGCACAUGGUGUACUUUCUGCAGUACAGACAGUGUUUGUAAAAGCAGGUCUGGAUAACUGGAAGGAAAAGGUGGUUUUCCUAUGCGCUGAUGGUGCGGCUGUCAAUUUGGGGAAGAGGAAUGGUGUGGCUGCAAAGCUGAAGGAAGAGAUUGACACCUGCUUGCAAUACACUGUUUGGCACACAGGCUGGAAUUAGGUGUGGUGGAUUCAAUAGAAGAGA